AUGACGGCGCUCAAGUAUGCGCCGUUCGCCUCCGAGAUCGAACUGCCCUUCUACUCUGCGCUGUUCGCCUCCAAGCUCGAUCAUGACAAGCUCAGCGACGACGCGCGACCGGUGCUCGGCCUUUACGAGCCUCGUCCAGGCGCAGCUGCCGACGACAGCGUGGUAAUGCAGAUAUUGGCUAGUGCCUUGACAACUACCAGCAUGCGCGCUCGUAGCGUGGCAAUGAAUGCUGUGCGGGCUGAAGGCGUAAUCAGAAACAUGAACACCUUGGAAGCCUUUCGGCAAGUGGACAAGAGCGAGAUAAUUCAGAAUGGCGCACGCCAGAUAUGGGACGCUAUCAAAGACGGCACCAUCUACUCCGUACCUUCGCUCCUCUCCCACUACAUUAUCCUCUCGUACGCCGACCUGAAGAAAUAUCGGAUGACCUACUGGUUUGGCUUCCCGACACUGCAUUCCGAUCCUCCGUGGAAGCGCGUGGGUGAGAUUCAACGGCUGAACCCCAACGAGAGUACCGCACUAGUCGACCGAGUAGGCACAUGGCGAUACACGGUGGAUAACAGAGAGUACGGCUUCUUCCUAGCAAAGAAAGUAAGAGGAAGGACGCAGUCAUCGCAGCCUCUGUCUCCAGAUGAGACACCGACCGAAGACAUAGGGUACAGAUGGGAGGUUGGAUCGCUUCGCGACUUCGAAAACAACUUCUUCUUCGGUGUGCAUAACGAAGACAAAUACGUCGCCUUUGUAGAUCCAUCCGGCUACCCGGAGCAUCCAGCUUGGCCUCUGAGAAAUCUACUAGUGCUCGUACGACAACGGUACCACCUAUCCAACGUCCAGAUUCUAUGUUAUCGGGAUAUACAGGCACGCAGACACGAGGCUCGCAGUAUCAUCCUGACCCUUUCAAUGGACCCUGCUGAAGAGAUAGAGACCUCUGCAAUGCCGAAAGCGACGGGCUGGGAACGAACUCCGACCGGAAAACUCCAAGCGAGAAAUGUCAGCUUAGCAGAGUCGAUGAAUCCUGCUCGGCUGGCUGACCAAUCGGUGGAUCUCAACUUGAAGCUCAUGAAAUGGCGAAUCUCGCCUAACCUAAACCUCGACAUUAUCAAGAACACAAAGUGCCUCCUUCUCGGUGCUGGCACACUUGGCAGUUACGUCUCGAGGAAUCUCAUGGGAUGGGGAGUGCGCAAGAUUACAUUUGUCGACUAUGGCGCCGUAUCAUUCUCAAACCCGGUCAGACAGCCGCUAUUUGUCUAUGAUGACUGCCUCAAUGGAGGAGCCCCGAAGGCGAUUCGAGCAGCUGAAGUAUUGAGGCAGAUAUACCCAGGUGUCGACAGCCACGGGGAGGUCCUCUCGGUACCAAUGCUUGGACAUCCAAUCGUGGACAAGACAGAGGCGGAGUUCCAGAAACUCAAAAGCCUCAUUGACGAGCAUGACGCCAUUUUCCUUCUAAUGGAUAGUAGGGAGUCAAGAUGGCUGCCAACCGUCAUGGGCAAAGCAGCAGGCAAGAUGGUCAUGAAUGCUGCGCUGGGCUUCGAUACCUACGUGGUCAUGAGACAUGGGGCUGAACCCAAGGAUGGUAGUGAAGACACGUUGGGGUGUUACUUCUGUAACGACGUGGUCGCACCCGGCGACUCGCAGAAGGAUCUGACGCUCGAUCAGCAGUGCACUGUCACGAGACCAGGCAUAGCCGCUAUCGCAUCGGCGUUGCUUGUUGAGCUCAUGACGAGUACCUUACAACAUCCCCUUGGGCACCAUGCUCCAGCUCCGAUGACGUCCCCAUCUUCGGCAAACUACGAGAGCGAUCCCAAAGAUGAGCAUGCGCUUGGGAUAGUGCCUCAUCAGAUCCGCGGAUUCCUGAGCAGGUUUCAGAACCUCAUCAUCAAGGGGCAGUCAUACCCUUGCUGCAGCGCCUGCAGUAAGCCUAUUCUGUCAGCAUACAGAUCAGCUGGCUGGAGCUUUGUGAAACAUGCGCUGGAAGACAAAGACUACGUCCUUGAACUCAGCGGUCUCGCCGAGGUCCAAAGACAGGCCGAGGCAAUGGCCGGCGAGGUUGACUGGGAGGAAGAGGACGAAGAAGAUAAGGAUGGUGACGACGAAGGUGUCCUGUUGUAG